UAGAAUUGUAGAAUGUUGAGAACGAGGAAGGCUAAUUGUACUUUUUUUUGUAACAGGCAAGCGACGUCGUAUCAGUCCGGUGAACUUGGCGGUGUGGGAGUAGGGUAAAAGCACGAAGCAAAGCUCUCCAAAAGCUGAGAAUCUUGCCCGGUCUUCUAAUUCAGUGCUUUCCCUCAUUCCCUCUCAGCUGGCAGCGCCAAAUAUUUUUUAUCGUGUUACAAAAUCAUAGUGGGAGAGCACAAGAAACCACAAGUUUGCUGGCUUCCGGGUUUGCUUGGUAAUAAACAGUAAAAGCUGAAGAAAGCUCCGCUGGUUGAAGAAGAGGAAGAACGACGAGGAGAAAGAAGGGCAUUAUAGUAAUUUCGACCUCCUCCUCCAUGUUCGCAUCCGCUCAUUUGGACACCAACAGUGACGCUCCCAUCAUCUCUGUCGGCGGUGGCCGCAGUUUCUGGUUAAUGGCAGCGCCGAUCACGCCCUCCGCCUCGGCGGUGGUGGUCACGGCCUUGGCUGGGGUGGUUCUCGUCGCUGUGAUUUUCUACGGUGCCAGUAGAGGUCGCCUCAAAUCACCAUGGUCACGCAGGAAAAGAAAACAUGCACUUUCACCUCAGCAGUGGAAAAACUUGUUUACACAAGAUGGAAGACUUCGUGAUGGUGGAGCUAAGUUCUUGAAAAGAGUUCGCAGUGGAGGUGUUGAUCCCACUGUUAGGGCUGAAGUUUGGCCAUUUCUUCUUGGAGUCUAUGGCUUGGACAGCACUAAAGAAGAAAGAGAUGUUAUAAUAAAUCAAAAUAGAAAGCAGUAUGAGAAAAUCCGCAGGCAAUGCCAGAAGUUUCUGAAGGAGAACAAUGGGAGCUUCAAGUUAGAUGAUAUUGGUGGGGCUAGCAGUGAUGGAGAUAGUGGGGUUGUCAUUCAAGAUUCUGGUUCUCUUAGUUCUGAAGAUGUUGCCAGUGCCAGGGAAUCCCUUUCUAGUGAGGAGAGGAGCCCUGAUGUUGAGGACUCCGAUGAUCCAUCCAGUGCAUUGAUUGAAGGAGACGAUAUUUCUAAUGUCAACAAUGCUGCUACCUCUGCACUGGAUACUGAUUCUUCUGAUUCAGAUUCAUCAGAAAGUCCUGAAAUAAUCCAGAAUUUCCCCUCUGGGAAUGGCCAGGAGGAGAAUGUUCCCAAGACAGUUUCCAAGGAGGAUUCUUCAUCCCAAAUGGAGGCCUCAUCAAAACUUAAAACUAAGGAAGAUUUUGCAACAUGGCAGCGUAUCAUUCGACUUGAUGCAGUGCGUGCCAAUGCAGAAUGGCUGCCUUACUCCCCCUCUCAGGCUGUGGUAUCAGAGGGCAGGGCACGGCGAUCUGCUGAGGUGGUUGGCUUGAAGGAUUAUGGUCACCUAGAGCCCUGCAGAGUAUUCCAUGCUGCUCGACUAGUUGCUAUCCUUGAGGCAUAUGCACUAUAUGACCCUGAGAUUGGCUAUUGCCAAGGUAUGAGUGAUCUGUUGUCUCCUAUAAUAACUGUUAUAUCUGAGGAUCACUUGGCUUUCUGGUGUUUUGUUGGAUUCAUGAAAAAGGCACGGCAGAAUUUUAGACUUGAUGAAGUAGGUAUAAGGAGGCAGCUUAAUAUUGUUGCUAAAAUUAUCAAGUUUAAGGACUCCCACCUAUAUAGGCACUUGGAGAAGCUCCAGGCCGAGGACUGUUUUUUUGUUUAUAGGAUGGUGGUGGUAUUGUUCAGAAGGGAAUUGACGUUUGAACAGACUCUCUGCCUCUGGGAAGUGAUGUGGGCAGACCAAGCAGCAAUUAGGGCAGGUAUUGGGAAGUCCGCAUGGAGCAGAAUAAGGCAGCGUGCUCCACCAACAGAUGAUUUAUUGCUUUAUGCAAUAGCAGCUUCAGUAUUGCAGAGGAGGAAACUGAUUAUUGAGAGAUAUAGCAGCAUGGAUGAGAUCAUCAGGGAAUGCAAUGGCAUGGCGGGACAAUUAGAUAUUUGGAAACUGCUAGAUGAUGCGCAUAACUUGGUGGUGACCCUUAAUGACAAAAUAGAGACAUCAUUCCGGUGACUGCUCUUGGUUGAUCAUUGAAAAUGGUUUACAACAUUUUUCAGAGAUCUUAUUUAUUUAUUCAGUCUGCGAGGUCUCUCCUCUGGAAGAAAAAAUAAGCAUUGCAGAUUAUUUAACUUUGAGCUCCGCUGCUUUAACUAGCUGUCGCAUACAUAUUCAAGGUUCAGAUGCCGUAACGGUGGGGCUAAUGGGGGUGGAAGUUAGUUAGAUGUAUGUUUUUUUUUCCCAACUUUUCUCCAUUGUUUUUCCUUUCCUUAGAAUUCUGUUUUCAGACGAAGGUCUGGGGACUCUCUGGAGCACCGAUGCAAGAAGCAGGUGGGUAGGAGGGGGAUGCAACCAUCACAAGGUUGAGAAUACCAUUUUGCGAUAUGUGAUGUCUUUGAGGUUGUGGAGCUCUGGUGCUUGAGCUUGAGCUCUGAUUAUAUUGCAUAUCAUUUGGAUCUUUAGAGGCCACUGGGGUAUAAAGACUGAAUGGGGAUGUCACUGGAGUUAAUGGCAUUUCCUGUUCUGUUGGCAUUUGAGUUUUUAAUAGUCGACAAAACAUAACUCUAGUAUGUUCGAAGUGCCCCCCUGAUUCUGGGAGAUAUUGGCCUUGAAAAUUAAAAUGGUAACGUUGUUGGGUGCACGUGCAAACUGCCCCAGACCCCAUUCACCUUGAA